UUUCAAAUAUACUAGAAUGAAGCAGCAGCUGCAGAGAAGAAUGAAAUCUAGGAAUCUUCUUCUUGGUUUGCUUCUAUGCUGUGUUUUGCUUAUGGUCAGCGAUUCUUACAUGAUAUUAGAGGAAAAGCAAGAUGUGGACAACAGUAUGGAGAACAAUAACAAAAUCAAGUUCCCGGAUCUCCAGCCCAUUUCUAUAGUAGAUUUAACCAAAAGUUCCCUGAAGCUCAGCAGAAAAGAAGCUGAAAUAAAGAAAUCUAUGAAGAAAAAGGCCCAACAGAAAAAGCUUCCGCGACCGAAACCAUCGCCCCCUCCUAAUUGCGUGGCUACCUGGGCAAGUUGCAAACCAUCAUCUCAUCCCUGUUGUGAUUUCUGUGCCUUUUGUUACUGCCGACUAUUUCAAACAGUCUGCUACUGCCGCAUGGGAAACCCUAACUGUUAA